UUGACAGUGGCAACUGGCAGUAUUUUACAUAUCUAUUGCGAUGAAUGGUGUAUUGAAACGAAACAUUUAUGUUAACAUUUUUAUUAAAUUUACGAAUAGUGUAGUAAACUAAAUAUCGAAUGGUGUGUUCGUCCUAUUUUCAAAGAUAUUCCGUCCUUUUAUAGUGUUGUGCGUAGGGCGCAAUGUCGUCGAAGGGUUGGUGAAAGUGUUGUUGGUGCAAUAGUAAGCCGGAGCGCAGAAGGCGCAGUGGGCGAGGAUGGGCGUGGGUCUGCAGCCGCUCGAAUUUACCGAGUGCCUUGCGGACAGUCCGCAUUUCCGCGAGAACCUCCAGCGCCACGAGAAAGAGCUCGAGCGCACGAGCCAGCAGAUAAAGAGGCUCAUCAAAGAGGUCAAGGAUGUCGUACAAGCUGCUAAACGCCUGGGUGCGGCGCAGCUCGCGUUGGCGGCCAGCAUGGAGCAGUUCGAGUUUGCAUGCAUCGGCGCCUCCAUGACGGAGGACGAGCGCGUCAUCGGACGUUCGCUGCAGCACUUCGCGCAGCUCAUUCGCACUAUCGAAGACGAACGCGAUCGGAUGCUGGGUCGAGCGCACGAGCAGAUCAUUCAGCCACUGGAGCGCUUCCGGAAGGAUCACAUAGGUGCUGUUAAGGAAGGUAAAAAGAAAUUCGACAAAAAGACUGCCAAAUUUUGCCAGAGUCAGGAACGGACGCUCUCCCUCUCGACGAAGAAGCCGGAAAAUGUCUUCCAAGAGGCGGACGCUGCCAUGGACAUGGCGGAGCGCGACUUCUGCCAGGCGUCGCUCGAGUACGUGUUCCAGCUGCAGGCGGUACAGGAGCGCAAGAAGUUCGAGCUGGUAGAGACGCUGCUGGGAUUCGUGUUCGGCUGGUGGACCUUCCACCACACGGCGCACGACGUGCACGCCGACGCGGAGCCGCUCGUGCGCGACCUGCAGUUGCGGAUACAGCGGACGAGAAGUAACUUCGAAGAAACGAGCAAACAAACGGAAUCACUUAUGAAGAAGAUGAUGGAAGUUCGACAGAUGAGCAAAGACGACGAGAGGAUGGAGGACGGCUCGGGUGGCGUGUCCGGAUACCUAUUCCUGAUGGAGAAAAAGGCGUUCGGCACGACGUGGAGCAAGCAGUACUGCACGUACGAGAAGGGCUCGCGCACGCUGUCGCUGCAGCCGUACAACCAGUUCAACGUGAAGACGGCGGGCGGCGCCGAGCGCGUGCGGCUGGCGGGCGCGCGCGGCGCGGCGGACGCGGAGCGGCGCUUCUGCCUCGAGGCGCUGCCGGCCGAGCGCGAGCGCGCGCCGCUCACGCUGCAGGCGGCCGGCCCGCGCCAGCGCGCCGCCUGGCUCGCCGCGCUCGACUCGCUGGACGCGCAGCCCGCGCACGUCUCGAGCGCGCCGGCGGCGGGGGGCGCGGGCGCGGAGGGGGAGGCGUGGGCGCUGGACGACGCCGGGUUCGCGUUCGUGCGCCGCGUCAUCGGCGUGCUGGAGGCGCGCGGGCUGGAGGAGCAGGGCCUCUACAGAGUGGCGGGUGUGGCCUCCAAGGUGUCGCGGCUGGUGGCGCUGGCGCGCGAGCGGCGCCUGCCGGCCGCGUUGUCUGACCCGCUCGAGUGGGAGAGCAAGACGCUCACGUCGGCGCUCAAGGCCUACCUGCGCGCGCUGCCCGAGCCGCUGCUGACGCGCCAACUGCACCGCGCAUUUCUCGCUGCCGCCAAGUGCGAGCGGCGCAGCGAGCGCGUGUUGGCGCUGCACUCGCUGGUGCACGCGCUACCGCAGCCCAACUACGAGAUGCUCCGCCUGGUCCUCGCGCACCUCACCAAGGUGGUGGCGAAGAGCGACCGCAACCUGAUGACGGCGUCCAACCUGGCCGUGUGCUUCGGGCCGACGCUGCUGCGUGCGGAGCGCGAGACCGUGGCGUCGAUCCUCGAGCUCAAGUUCUACAACGUGCUGGUGGAGUCGCUGCUGGACAACUUCGGGCCGGUGUUCGCGUUGGAGCCGCCGCCCGCUCCCGCUCCCGCGCCCGCACCCGCACCCGCUGUCAUCGCCGCGCCCGCUCCGUCGCCCGCGAUUAACGGCAUCAUCGGGGCCUCCCCGGCGUCGAUACCGAUCUCCUCCAGAAAUGACAUCAGCGUGUCGGUGGCGGGUGGCAGCUACUCGCCGCACCACCACCAGCUGCUGCAGCACUUCGCGCCGCACACGAGAGCGGGGCGCUGCAGCAGCAGCUCCGAGUCCGUGUCGAGCCACAGCGCGUCCCCCCCGCCGCGCGCGCCGCUCGCCUUCCCCCCGCGCACCACGCGGGUGCGCACGCUGUACGCGUGCCUGGGCGAGAGCGAGGGCGAGCUGUCGUUCGAGCCGAACCAGAUCAUCACCAACGUGUCGCCGUCGGCCGAGCCGGGCUGGCUGCGCGGGACGCUCAACGGCAAGAGCGGGCUCGUGCCGCAGAACUACGUCGAGCCGCUGCCAUAGGCCGGCCGGCCCCGGGCCCGCCCCCCCCCCCCCGCCGCGCCCGCCCCCUCGCC